AUGGAGGAACAGAAGCAACUCGAACUGCAUGAAAGCCAUGACGAUCUCUCUGUGUGCCCUAGUUUUAAUAGCUACUCUUCGGGUAGAUUAGCUGAUAUAGCAGUCAGAGUUAGCGAAGAAUUGAGGCAUGAAUCUGAACUUGGUGACAAUGAAGCACAACGAAUUGAUUCUUCAAAUGAUCGUAACGGCGAGCAAGACGAUGAUUUUGAAUUCGCUCUUGUACGUGGCGAUACAGAUGCUUUGGCUGAUGAAAUCUUUUACGACGGUCAGAUUCGUCCUGUUUUCCCAAUUUUCAACCGCGAUUUGCUGGAAAAUGAUGCUGAUGAUCGUGAAAUUAAGGCUUCUGAUGAUGUUUCUAGUAUUAGAAUUCCGUUGAGAAAUUUGUUUGUUCGAGAACGAGAGGAAGGUGAACAUGAGCCAGAGCCACCCUCGUCGUCUUCAUCAGAAGUUGACGAAUUGGAAAGUGUACCGGAGGGAACGUACUGCGUGUGGAGGCCAAAAGUGGUUGAAUCAUCGCCGAGUGAAUGUAAGAAGAGCAAUUCGACUGGAUCGGCGUCGAAGCGAUGGAAAAUUCGAGAUUUGCUCCGUCGAAGCAACAGCGACGGUAAGGACUCCUUCGUAUUUCUGACUCCAAAAGCCAGAGAAGAAAAACAUCCGAAGGAAAAGAAAAACACCGGAGAGUUUGUCAAAGUCUCCGGCGAACCGAAGUCGUCGUCGUCGUCGUCGUCGUCGUCUGCUCAUGAGAGUCUGUCAAAGUCUCCGGCGAACCGAAGUCGUCGUCGUCGUCGUCUGCUCAUGAGGUUUUCUAUGUACGGAACAGAGCGUUGA